ACUUUGCAUUGAGAGAAAACUUUUACACACUUCGACUGGUGUGUGUCUAUCCCCUGAUUGUAGGAAGAAUAUUGAGAUAAUUGUUGAUGAUUCUCCUGAAGUUAAAAAUAGAAGAACCUGA